GGAGUACUAGUAUUGGAUAGAAUUAGGCAAAAGUCAACAUAUUGACCAUUUCUUGUUACCAAAACAGAAAAUAAAGUUUCCAGAAGACUCCAUUCCCAGCUAUUUCCUGUAGUAGCCUUUCUUCUUCCCAAAUACUACCAUUUUCAACGAUAUAGAAGAACACCCACCGACAGAGGCAUCGGAUUCGGAGAUCACCAAUAUACCUACUUCGUGUUAAUCUCUUUGCAUUCAUUAUCAUGACGUCAUCACCAAAAAAGCCACCAGCUGAAUCCAACUGUCCAUUAACGGCGAUCACUCAUCAACCGGCAUCUCCUCGUUUCCCUUCCGGUGACAAUCGUAAAGUCGCUAUCGCCGUUGAUCUUAGCGACGAAAGUGCUUACGCCGUCAAAUGGGCCGUACAAAAUUACCUCCGUCCAGGUGACGCCGUUAUUCUCCUUCACGUCCGUCCAACCUCCGUACUUUACGGUGCUGAUUGGGGCGCUAUUGAUGUCUCUAUCGAUCCUCCAAAUGAAGAAUCACAGCAGAAAUUGGAAGAUGAUUUUGAUAAUUUUACUACUACCAAGUCCAAUGAUUUAGCACAGCCACUUGUUGAGGCAAAUAUACCGUUUAGAAUUCAUAUUGUGAAGGAUCAUGAUAUGAAGGAAAGGCUGUGUUUGGAAGUUGAGAGGUUAGGUUUGAGUGCUGUUAUUAUGGGGAGUAGAGGGUUUGGUGCAUCGAGGCGUAGCCCGAAAGGAGGGAUGCUUGGUAGUGUAAGUGAUUAUUGUGUGCAUCAUUGUGUUUGUCCUGUUGUUGUUGUUAGAUAUCCUGAUGAUAGAGAUGGUAGUGCUGGCAAUGAAGGUUCGGUUGUAUCAGUGAGCGAUGUGCUUCAUCCUGUGCCUGAGGAGGAACCUGUAUACCAUGACGCCGCCGAUAAAACUGCAGAUUCGGAAAAGGCUUCGUGAAUAAGUUGAAGGUGCAGAGGUGUUUGAGUACUUGUGAGAUGGCCUUGAUGUGUUGGCAUGCACCUUUUGGAACACGAGUUUGGUGGUUUUCAGUGCUUUCUUUCUGCUUAUGGUUGUCUGCUGUGUGUGUCAAGUUUAUGAAGUUUGGAAUGGUUGUAAUUGUUCAUGAUCUUUUUUCUUUGUUUAGGUUUUAACAUAGGUUGUUUGUUUGUUUUUUAUGUGGAAUAACUGCAAGUUUGAUGCUGCUUCGCAAGUUCAACAUUCCAUAUUGAUUGCAUUUA